UUUCAUUGUAAGUGCAGUAAAUGGCACCUGCUCUUUCCCUCACUUCACUCCACUUCCCCCUCUGCAAGUCAAACAACAGUAAUAAACUCCCAGUUACAAGAGAGUUUUCCAACCAGAGAGAUGCUAAUUAUACUAAUUUAAUAACCAGAAGAGAGCUGUUGAAAGCAUCAGGAUUAGCAUUAGGAACUGGUGUUCAGGCUGUAAAGGCUGAACCAGAAAGCCCUUUAGAGGGUAUUUCCAGUAGGAUGUCAUACUCCAGGUUGCUUGAGUAUUUGGAUGCAGGUGCUGUGAAAAAGGUUGACUUGUUUGAGAAUGGAACUGUGGCCAUUGCUGAGAUUUUCAACCCAGUUUUGAAUAAGAUUCAGAGAGUCAAAGUCCAGCUCCCUGGAUUACAAAGAGAGUUACUGAAGAAGUUGAAAGAUAAGGAAGUGGACUUUGCUGUUAUCCCUGUGCAACCUAAUGUAGGACUUGUAGUUCUUGAUUUCAUGGUGAACUGGGGCUUUCCUUUGCUCUUGCUUGGCACUCUUCUCUUCAGAGGUUCCUCUGGAACUGGAAGUCCCAACUUGCCUUUUGGUCUUGGGAGGUCUAAGGCUAAGUUUCAGAUGGAGCCAAACACUGGUUUUACAUUUGAUGAUGUGGCUGGAGUUGAUGAGGCAAAGCAAGACUUUCAAGAAAUAGUGGAGUUCUUGAAGUCCCCAGAGAAGUUUACUGCAAUUGGAGCAAGAAUUCCCAGAGGUGUUCUAUUGGUUGGGCCACCAGGGACUGGCAAGACAUUGCUGGCUAAAGCCAUAGCAGGGGAAGCAGGGGUUCCUUUCUUCUCACUCUCUGGUUCAGAGUUCAUUGAAAUGUUUGUGGGUGUGGGUGCUUCAAGAGUGAGAGAUUUGUUCAAUAAAGCGAAGCAGAACUCGCCUUGUCUUGUGUUCAUCGAUGAGAUUGAUGCAGUUGGAAGACAGAGAGGGACAGGCAUUGGAGGAGGGAAUGAUGAAAGAGAGCAAACACUGAACCAGUUGCUCACUGAAAUGGAUGGUUUCAGUGGUGAUAGUGGAGUUGUUGUUAUUGCUGCUACAAACAGACCUGAAAUUCUUGAUUCUGCUCUGCUCAGACCAGGAAGAUUUGAUAGACAGGUGAGUGUGGGAUUGCCAGAUGUGAGAGGGAGGGAGGAAAUACUGAAAGUGCAUAGCUGUAACAAGAAGCUUGAUAAGAAUGUAUCACUUAGUGUGAUUGCAAUGAGAACACCAGGAUUCAGUGGUGCAGACCUGGCAAACCUCAUGAAUGAGGCAGCCAUUCUUGCAGGAAGGAGAGGGAAGCAGAAGAUCACAUUGAAAGAGAUCGAUGAUUCGAUCGAUAGAAUUGUGGCAGGACUUGAAGGCACAAAGAUGACAGAUGGGAAGAACAAGAUACUUGUUGCUUAUCAUGAGAUUGGGCAUGCAAUUUGCGCGACACUCACUGCUGGGCAUGAUCCAGUGCAGAAGGUGACACUUAUACCACGAGGACAAGCUCGCGGCCUCACUUGAUUCUUGCCUGGUGACGACGCAACUCUUGUAUCAAAGCAGCAGAUUUUUGCUAGAAUUGUGGGAGGAUUAGGUGGCCGGGCGGCAGAGGAAGUCAUAUUUGGUGAGUCCGAGGUGACAACGGGUGCUGCCGGAGAUUUACAGCAGAUAACUCAAAUAGCAAAGCAGAUGGUGACCACGUUUGGAAUGUCUGAGAUUGGGCCAUGGGCACUGAUGGACCCUGCAGUGCAAAGUGGUGAUGUUGUGUUAAGGAUGAUGGCAAGGAAUUCAAUGUCAGAGAAACUCGCAGAAGAUAUCGAUAAGUCGAUAAAAGCAAUUGUCGACAAAGCUUAUGAAAUUGCAAAAAUGCAUAUCAGAAACAACAGAGAAGCCAUUGACAAGUUAGUAGACUUGCUGCUAGAAAAAGAAACUCUCUCAGGUGAUGAAUUCAGAGCAAUUCUGUCCGAAUUCACCAAUAUUCCAGACGCUAAACAGAAAAGCAAAACCAACUCUUCCAGAGCUAGUUGCUGCUUGAGUACAUGUACAUAUAUAUAUAUAUAUAUAUAGAUAUAUGUAUAUAAUUUCCACUAAUUAUUUAAAGAUGAGAUUACAUU